AUACUCUGACAGGUAAUUCAAGUAUUACUCAUUGUCUGUGCAAUCGGGGAACAUAUAAAUUCACUUUGACACUCCAGUGACAGCACAUUGCCUUACUUCUUCUACCUGCAUCACCAUCUGAGCGGAGCUACCCUAAGCUGAGAAAUAUGUCACUCACUUCCAUCCUUUCUGCUGAUGCCAUUGAUAAUGCCAUCAAGGACUGUCAAGCUCCAGACUCCUUCUGUUACAAGAAGUUUUUCCAGCUCUGUGGCUUGAGCUCAAAAACCCCCCAGGAAGUGAAAGAUGUUUUCCGUUGCAUUGACGAUGAUGACAGCGGUUUCAUUGAGGAUGAAGAGCUCAAGUUCUUCCUUCAGAAAUUCAACCCUAGUGCUCGCCUGCUGACCGAGAAAGAAACUCAGACUAUACUGAAUGCCUGCGAUGAUGAUGGCGAUGGGAAGAUUGGUGUAGAUGAGUUCCAGGCCUUGGUUCUGUCUUGAAUUCCCAGCGAGGGCCCUCUUCUGAUCAUGGAGGAUCAUUUAUCUGCUCUGAAAUUAUUUCUGCCUUCUGCUCAGUACCGUUGUGUUUUCAGACCUUCCUCCAUGCUCAUGCUGAAUCAUUUUUAUUUGCCUUUUGAAUACUCAGAUGACUCUCAUGUAGUGAUGAAAUGAAUAAGCAAAGCAAUAAAUGAAUAAAUAUAUUUUAAUUCUGA